AUGGGUGAAAAUAAGGACUUUAUUUCUCCGCUUGAUUUAGCAAAAAGAUUGAGAUCUAACGUAUAUGAUCCAGUUAAAACACUUUUAUCGAUUCAAUGCUUAAGUCGUCCACUUUCCGUGGACAGAAGCCAAGUAAGAGCAAUAAGAAGGCUUUCAAAGUUUCUUUUUAGUCUUUCCCUAGAUAAAGAGGUGCUUGUUUCCUUGGCGUUCAAUCCCGAAGCAGUUGAUACAUUUAUGGAUUUUGGUAAGAUAGUUAUGCAUCGGGAGUAUAACAAAAUUUAUUACUGCAUUGAUAUUAAGCCAUGA